GCCCAGCGCACUGCUCACUGCGCAUGCGUGCUGGUGUGUAUGGGCCAGUGUGAGUGUGUGCGCGCGUGUCUCCUUCAUCUCACCCCGCGACCCUCCUGAGCUCAGCUGAGAUGGCUGUUCCUCCGGCGUACGCUGACCUUGGCAAAUCUGCUAAGGACAUUUUUAACAAAGGAUACGGGUUUGGUCUGGUGAAGCUUGAUGUGAAAACCAAGUCAGCCAAUGGAGUGGAGUUCAAGACGUCUGGCUCGUCUAACACAGACACCAACAAAGUGACUGGAAACCUGGAGACCAAGUACAAAUGGGAUGAGUACGGUCUUACCUUCACCGAGAAAUGGAACACAGACAACACACUCGGUACUGAAAUCACCGUGGAGGACCAGAUCACUAAAGGACUAAAGCUGACCUUUGACACGACGUUCUCGCCGAACACGGGGAAGAAGAGCGGGAAGGUGAAGACGGCCUAUAAGCGGGAGUUCCUGAACGUGGGCUGUGACGUUGACUUUGACUUCGCUGGUCCUGCCGUCCACGGGGCCGCUGUUCUGGGCUUCGAGGGCUGGCUGGCAGGGUACCAGAUGACUUUCGACACCGCCAAGUCCAAAAUGACCCGCAACAACUUCGCCAUCGGCUACAAGACUGGAGAUUUCCAGCUGCACACCAACGUUAAUGAUGGCUCUGAGUUUGGAGGAUCGAUUUAUCAGAAGGUGAAUGAUGAGUUGGAGACGGCGGUGAAUCUGGCCUGGACAGCCGGUAACAACAGCACACGCUUCGGCAUCGCCGCCAAAUACCAGCUGGACUCCAGUUCAUCCAUUAGUGCUAAAGUGAAUAACUCCAGUCUGGUGGGAGUGGGCUACACGCAGACCCUCAGGCCAGGUGUGAAGCUGACCCUCUCCGCUCUGGUGGAUGGAAAGAGCAUCAACGCUGGAGGCCAUAAGCUGGGCCUGGGCCUGGAGCUGGAUGCAUAAACCAACUUCUGUCCCUCUAUCCCUCCCUCUAUACAUCCAUCCAUCCAUCCAUCUAUCUCCCACUCUCUCUCUCUCCUUCUCUCUCUUGGUGAAGCGGGUGGAUACGUAUGGAAGAAGUCUCAGUCCUGAAUGUGUUUUAGCUCCUGCAGCUGAUGUGGAAGACCCUCUGUGCUCCAUACACUCUCUGGCCCCGGUGCAGUUCCAGCACUCUCACAUUUGAUGUGUUAAACCAGCACGAAGCAAGUUCCUAGUUACGUAAACGCCCUGUUGCCCAUGACAACGCAGGCCCUACCAGUCAGAGCUUAUUUAUUCACUGUAUCUCCCUCUCAGCCCUGCCACCAUUCUGCUGCAGUAUGCGUCUCUCUCCUGACCUGCGCAGGGGUCAAGUCUGCUUCCUCCUUAGUGAUUUCUCGCCCGUCAUUUUAGCCGGCCAUAUAGACACACAAACACACUGUUCCCAUUGUGAGCUGCAAAGCAGGUCUGAUGAAUGUGGCGUUGCUGUAAACCUCACCUUACUGCUGUAUAGAAUACUCUCCUCUGCUUUUAAAGAACCAGAAAUAGCACCUGGAUUGAUUUGCACAUUAAAGCUGGUUUAUUGCG